AUGGAUUGUCAGAAUGGAAGACGAGCUAACCGCACUGUCCGUUUCGCCAGAACCGCAGAGAGCAGAUACCCGGAGCGGUACUCCUACGAAUAUGAUCCUGAGGAAACACUCUCACGUGCCGCUCCAAGCAUGCGAAAUGCGCCCACGAUUCCUCCGCCGACGGCCUCUGGUGCAGACGAAAUGCGGUAUACGGCUUCUCGCCCUGCAUCGCCUGCUCGGCCAUGGUCACCUACUCGUGCAGCAGACUGGGUAAGACCACCAUCAGCGGCUGCGUCAUAUUACGAGCGAGCAGACAUCAAUGGUAGUCCACGACCCGGGACCCCCAGUUCAAGGUAUGGCGGGAGUCCGAGGAGGCCCCUUCCGCCAGCCCCGUUGUUCUCGAAACCAGGAACCACAACUCAAGACACGAAAAUCGAUAUUGGCGACGGCGAAGAAGACCCAUUCGGCGGCGGUGGAAGAACAAUAAGUUCUCGCCACGGACCCCAGGGCAGCGUGCAAUCGUUUACGAGCGAAUCGACGUUUAUCGCGGACGAAACGGACUUGGAAAAGGUUGAUUUGGAUGAGUACGAAGAAGAAAGUAACGAAACCAAAUCAAUGGUCGAUCCCAAUCUGCACUACGGCCCUGCCCCCGAGAAGCAGAGCCGCCGAGGCGUCCGCAACGCGCAGAUGGCAAAGAAAGAAGUUCAGCUGGUCAACGGUGAGUUGAUUUUGGAGUGUAAGAUACCCACGAUUUUGCAUAGCUUUCUGCCACGCCGAGACGACCGAGAGUUUACGCACAUGAGAUACACUGCUGUGACCUGCGAUCCAGAUGAUUUUACGCAAAGGGGGUAUAAACUGCGCCAGCAGAUUGGAAGGACGAUGCGCGAGACCGAGUUAUUUAUAUGUAUCACCAUGUAUAACGAGGACGAAACCCACUUUACGAGGACCAUGCACGGCGUCAUGCAGAAUAUCAGCCAUUUUUGUUCUCGAUCCAAGUCUCGUACAUGGGGCAAAGAUGGAUGGAAGAAGAUUGUGGUUUGUAUCAUUUCGGACGGGCGAAAGAAGGUGCAUCCCCGGACGUUGAAUGCUCUGGCUGCGCUGGGUGUGUACCAAGAGGGCAUUGCAAAGAACGUCGUCAACCAGAAACAGGUCAAUGCCCACGUUUAUGAGUAUACCACACAAGUGUCGCUCGACUCCGACCUCAAGUUCAAGGGGGCUGAGAAAGGUAUCGUGCCUUGCCAGGUUAUCUUCUGUCUGAAGGAGCACAAUCAGAAAAAGCUAAACUCGCAUCGUUGGUUCUUCAACGCUUUUGGCCGCGCUUUGCAACCUAACAUUUGCAUCCUCCUUGACGUCGGUACCCGGCCGGAGCCCACCGCACUGUACCAUCUAUGGAAAGCGUUCGAUCAGGAUUCCAAUGUUGCUGGUGCAGCCGGUGAAAUCAAGGCCAGUAAAGGCAAGAAUAUGCUAGGUCUUCUGAAUCCGCUCGUCGCGAGUCAGAACUUUGAAUACAAGAUGUCAAACAUCCUCGACAAGCCAUUGGAGUCUGUGUUUGGGUAUAUCACUGUGUUGCCGGGUGCGCUUAGUGCAUAUCGAUUCUUCGCAUUGCAAAAUGACGCCGAAGGUAACGGUCCUCUGAACCAGUAUUUCAAGGGAGAGACGCUGCAUGGUAAGGAUGCAGAUGUGUUCACUGCCAAUAUGUACCUGGCGGAGGAUCGUAUUCUCUGUUGGGAGCUGGUUGCUAAGCGGGAGGAAAGAUGGGUCUUACGAUUCGUCAAGAGUGCUGUUGGAGAGACUGAUGUUCCUGAUUCCAUUCCCGAAUUCAUAUCUCAGCGUCGUCGAUGGUUGAACGGUGCCUUUUUCGCAGCUGUUUAUUCUAUUGUCAAUGUAAAGCAGCUGUGGAAAACCGAUCAUUCGCUCGCACGAAAGAUACUUCUUCAGAUCGAGUCUGUCUACCAACUGCUGCAGCUUAUCUUUACAUAUUUUGGUCUGGCAAACUUUUACCUAGCUUUCUUCUUCAUUGCGGGUUCUCUUACCGAUGAGAAGAUUGACCCAUUUGGCCACAACAUGGGCAAAUACAUAUUUAUCGUUUUGAGAUAUGCUUGUGUUCUUGUUAUGUGUCUUCAAUUCAUCUUCUCUAUGGGCAAUCGACCGCAAGGAGCGAAGAAGCUAUACCUUUCAAGCAUGAUUGUCUACAGUAUAGUCAUGGCGUAUACCGCAUUCUGCACACUAUAUCUGAUCGUGUUGGAGCUUAUGGCUAAGACUGGCCACGAUGUUCCCAUAACUAUGAGCGAUACGCUUUUCGUGAACAUCGUGGUUUCCCUACUUUCCACGGUCGGGCUGUACUUUUUCACUUCGUUCAUGUAUCUGGACCCUUGGCAUAUGUUCACGUCGUCUGCGCAGUAUUUCGCCUUGCUGCCCAGCUAUAUUUGCACACUGCAGUGUUAUGCGUUCUGCAACACCCACGAUGUCACCUGGGGAACCAAGGGUGAUAACACAAUCAACACUGACCUGGGUACGGCGCGCAUCAUCAAUGGGUCUAUUGUCGAGGUCGAGAUGCCAUCCGAACAACUUGAUAUCGACAGUGGCUACGAUGCUGCGCUUCGCAACCUCCGAGACCGUCUUGAGGUCCCCGACCCUGGAGUGUCCGAAAGCCAGCAACAGGAAGACUACUACCGUGCAGUACGGACGUAUAUGGUCUCCGUCUGGAUGGUCGCCAACGUGGUUCUCGCCAUGGCUGUCUCUGAAGUGUACGGUGUCGGCUCGAGUGGUACGAACGUCUACCUCGCUAUCAUCUUGUGGUCUGUCGCGGUUUUAGCUAUCAUACGUGCCAUAGGAUCAACGGCGUAUGCAGUUCUGUAUCUGAUCCAGAAGCUCGUCGAGGGCAAGGCCAAGUUCCAAGCCGGUAAUAUUGCGAGUGCCAAUGCCAGCGCCGCUGGGAGCUCGCUCGGGACAAAGUCGAAUGUGUCUUACGGCAGCAAAGGCUUGAACAUGACGGACAGGAUUAACGAAACUAAAUGGGCUAUUUCGAGAGGGAUGCAGAAGGCUAUGUUUUGGAAGAAGUGA